GCUAGGGAAACAGAUGGUGACUCCCCUGAGCAACCCGAAACACAUGGUCCUGUCUCUAACCGAGAAAGGGGCUAGGUUUUUCUUUACUAGAUUCUUGAGAAAUUUCAUAUCGACGGGUUGUGUAACAAUACUUGAAGAAGGAGGAUCCGUGUACACUUUCGCCGGCAAGAAUUCAAGAUGUCACUUAAAAUCUGUCCUAGUGAUUCACAGUCCUCAGUUUUACUGGAAGGUUAUGACACAAGCAGAUUUAGGUCUUGCUGAUGCUUAUAUCAAUGGAGAUUUUUCGUUUGUUGAUAAAGAAAGAGGACUUUUGGAUCUGCUCAUGAUACUCAUUGCUAACAAAGAAUUAAACUCAAACAACUCAAAUCAUGCUAAGAGAAGGGGAUGGUGGACACCAAUGUUUCUGACUGCCAGUUUGGCAUCUGCAAAGCAUUUUCUAAAGCAUGCCUCUAGGCAGAACACAUUAACUCAAGCUCGAAGGAACAUUUCUCGUCACUAUGACCUUAGUAAUGAGCUUUUUGCUUUGUUCUUGGAUGAUACCAUGACUUAUUCCUCUGCGGUAUUCAAGUCGAAUGAUGAGGAUCUGAGAACUGCACAAAUGAGAAAAAUAUCUCUUCUGAUUGAUAAGACGGCAUUUUUGUAUUGCAGCGUUGAAAACGUGGAGAACAUUGGGAUUCAUUACUACCAGACACUGAGAUGCUGGAGGAAGACUUUCUUGGAAAGACAAAAACAAAUCAUUGAUCUUGGAUUUGAUGAUAAGUUCAUAAGGACAUGGGAAUAUUAUUUUGACUAUUGUGCAGCUGGAUUCAAGACACUUACCCUUGGAAACUACCAGGUAGUGUUUUCACGUCCGGGAAAUGUAGCUGCACUCGGCGAUCCAUUUCAUUGCUUCCCUUCUGCUCAGAGUUAAUCAAGAGUAGAUGAAUCAUUUUUAAUCUUUACUAGAUUUUGACCCGCGCCCCCGCGCGGGUGCUGGAUUUAAAUUUUGUUCAAUGUAAAUUUAUAAACCAUUUAUUUUAUAAAAUGUCCAUUUAUAUUUUUAUGUUUUGUAAAUUCCAUUUAGAGUAAUAUAUAUGAUUUAUAAUGUAAAAAUGUUAUAUUAAGAGCUUUUUCAAUCUCUACAUAAUAUUAUAUCUAUAAUUCUAUAACUUGAUGCAAUUUGAUAUAAGUGUAAGAUUCAUAUAUUAACUUACUGGGUUUUUUAGUUUAUUUAUUUAAAAAACGUUUAAUUUUUUUUGUUGUAGUUUUCUAUGAAUUAUUAUAGUUUUAUGAUAUUUUAUUUUCUUGAAAAUUGUAUUGUAGCAGAUUAGAAUCUAUAUUAUAUAUUAUAUAUUAUAGUUUCUGUUUUUAUUUUCACCACAAAGAAACAACAACCAUAAAUCUACUUUAUUUUAUUUAAAUAAUUAAUAUGUCAAUUAUUUUAAACAAAUGGCUUAAACUAAAUAAUAAAGUGAAUUGGGUCAUAAAACUGGGCUAGAGUAUAUAAAAAAUUAGUCUAUCAAUUAUUUAAAGAAUUGGGCUGGUCCAACUAAUCCAACUAAUUACUCCGGAAAAAAAAUGUAUGCGUAAAACUCAACUACUUUUUUGCUUUCUCAUAAACUUCUCCGUCGCCCCUUCACUGUCUCUCUCUUUGAUCUGAUCUCCGUCUCGAUUAUUACUCAAAAAAUAUCAAAUACAAAAUCGGAGGAAUCCUAAUCCAUGAUCAUCAGAUUGUUCAUCGAUUUAUUGUAUAAAAGAGAUGAUCCUAACGAAGCAUUAUUCUCUAUUCAUAAUUUUACUAAGAGCACAAGCAGCGGGUGAUAGUUCAGUGAAGGAAAACAAAGACUGAAACAAACGAAUGAAAAGCAUAAACAACUUGUCUUGCAUAUCAGGUGAUGAAGGUGUCAUUGAUAAGAAUUGGUCAUGUUGGAGAAGAAAGAUCAGUAACCGUUGGAUCACAAAUAUCAAAUAGAAUUGCCAACCUUGCGAACAAACCAAGGAUGCACUCAAGUGUUUCUCCUCCAAAGUUCUGUUUCCAGGAAUGAAGCAUCUUCACACGUACUCUCCACCCGGUUUUGUAAGGCUUGACAUCCUUAAGCAGGUAACUAAUUAUGGAGGAUCUCGAUUGCUUUUAAGGAGAUACGGAUGUUAUUGAUUUCGAAUUUGAUUAAAGCUGUGUAUAUUGUUAAAUUACGAAAAGGACAUUAAUAAAGUCAGCAAAGAAAACGUUUUGUCCUGCUAACCUUGUGUCCAAACAACAAUCAAUUUUUUUUUAAGUUUGCUAUCCUUGUAUCCAAACAGUAUCAAAAGGUACUUCAGUUUUAAUAAUAUAGAUGCACUAUUCUCAUUA